AUGACGGCCGAGCCUGCUACUAAGAAGAUCAAGCUAGAAUUAAGCGAUCCUAGUGAACCGCUUACUCAAUCUGAUGUGAUAGCGUUUCAAAAAGAAGCUUUGUUUAGAUGUAUAAAUCGUCGAAGAGUCGACUUUGAAGCCUUGCGAAAGCAAUAUGAACUUUCAAGAAGGGAGUGCAUAGAUGUUUCCCGCAAGUUGGCAAAUAUUAUGGCGCUGAUAGUAACUUUAGCUAGGUUUAUCGAAACAUUCUGCACAGACGCCAACGAGAAGCAACUAUGUAGGGAAAUAGCCCAAGGCGAUGAGACGUUGAUAGUUCAGCGCAGUGAUUCUUUCAUGAAGCUACUGACUAAAUAUGGGAAGCCAAACACGACAGAUAGUAAUACUAAUAGUAAUGCUUCGGAUCAUAUUCAAGAAUUAACAACGGAGUUAAAAAACUUGCGGAAAAGUAAAGAGGAGCUCUUUUAUGAAAAUUCGCAAUUGACAGAGGAGAUUUCUGCUUUGAAGGAAUAUUAUACAAAUAUAAUUCGCAAGUAUGAUAGAGAUGAAUCCUUUACUAUAAAACGUGUUUUUAAGGAAGAUAAGACUGAUGCUGUAAAGGAAUUACGGGAAGAUGAAAAAGAAUCUAAUGAAAACAAUAUAAAAUCUGGAAAUAAAGACUCCUCUGCAAUUAAUGGUGAUAAUACAUCCAAAAAAUCCGAGAAAGGUGAUGAACUUGUGCAGGCGGAGGAUGAACGAAAAGAAGAUGCUGAGAAUGAAAAAUUAGAAUUGGAUCUGAAAUUUUCUGAUUUACGGGCAGAGAUAAACUCCUUGAGUUCCACUAUAAAAGACCUUGAAAAUAUCAGAAGGGAAAACGAGGAAGAGCUCAUCAAAACACGUUCUGAGGUAUCCAAUUUAAAAAAGCAACAGAUAGCAGCAGCAGACCAAGACCCAGAUUUCAAGUCAUAUGACCAUGAGUCCCUGUUAGCAAAAAUUCAACAUUUGACUGAACAAAACGCAGAAUUAUCUGAGAUCAAUAGUUCCUUUUUAUCAAAAUUUCAAGUUUUAGCCAAAGAGAAAGAAAUAUAUACGAAGAAGGUCCGAGAAGAAUUCCAGAAAAGUCUCGACUCCCUAGUAGAAAUGAACAGUUCAUUGGAAAAGGACGUUGUAAGAAUAAGAACGGCUCGUGAUGAUUUACUAAGCAAAAUCGCCAUUUUGGAAGCUGAAAAAUCCAAGACUGAAGUGUUGAGCGAUUUACAACAUGCAAUUGAUAUUUUGAAGGAGCAAUGGACAAAAAUUGAUCAAAGAUCAAACGAUACAAAAUCCUCGUCGACUCAAGAUGCAUUAAUAAAGGAAAUUCAAGACUUAGAGAAGGGUUUUAGAGAGUUAUCCGACUUAACUCAUAAAAAGUACUCUGAGAUUAUUAAUCACGAAUCUGUUAUAUCCAAGCUUACCGUAGAAAAAACUAAGGCUGAUCAGAAAUAUUUUGCCGCGAUGAGGUCCAAAGAUUCAAUUUUAAUUGAAAUCAAAACUCUUUCUAAAAGCCUCAGUAAAUCAAAUGAGCUUAUUCUACAGUUAAAGGACUCUGAUAGAUUGCUACAGCAAAAAAUAGGAAAUUUACAUAAACAACUGGAUCUUUCUCAAAAUAAUGAACGCAGGUUAAUUGAUUCCAGUAAAACAGAGACACUAAAAAUAAUUGAUUUAAAUAAUACAUCCACUAAACUGAAAAGGUCAUUAGAAAAGCUACAAGAAGAAAGUAACAAAAGCAUUGCAGAUAUGACGCAUCUAGAAACUAAAUUAAAUGAUACAGAAAUAGAAUUGAAGCACUUCAAGCAGAAGGCAUCUCAUCUAGAAUCCAAGUGUGAAAAACUACAUGAUACAUUGUUCCGUGGUAACAACAAAAAUAAGGGCUCGAGCGAUGAAGCACUCGUAGAAGAACUAGCAAAUUUCCGUACACUUGUUUAUUGUUCCCUGUGUUCUAAAAAUUGGAAAAACAUGGCUAUUAAAACCUGUGGCCAUGUCUUUUGUGAGAAUUGCUGUAAGGAACGAUUGGCAGCGAGAAUGAGAAAAUGCCCUACAUGCAACAAAGCAUUCAGUUCCAAUGAUUUAUUGACAGUGCACUUGUAA